ACCGGUGGGUUUGUAUCAUUGUCCAAAACAGCCUACAAAUAUACGCUUUGUGGCAAAAGCCAGAGUAUCUCACGCUCUAUCUUACAUUUCUGUGUAUUCUCGAAGUGCCCUAAUUCCUCAUAUAUUCCUCCGCCAUGGGAUUUCCAGUGGGCUUCCGUAACAUCGCUAUACCCAGAGUGCUGCUAUACACAGCAUCAGCCAUGGCCUAUAUAAACAACUUCAUAUCCUGCUUUCUUUCACUCCUCAGACUAAGAAGACCGCCACAAGAUGAGAGCUAUCUGUGGUCAGAAUCUCAAGAAAAUCUCUCUCCCACAUUAGGGCAGAUGAUAAAGAAGAGGUUGCCUGUCAUUACAUUCCGAAAUAUUGUUGCAGAGAAGGUGAUGAGUGAGAUCGAGGAGGAUUUUGUGUGCGCAGUCUGCUUGAUCUCUUUCAAAGAAGAUGACGAAAUCCGAGAGCUGUGCAAUUGCAGUCACAUAUUUCAUAGAAUUUGUUUGGACAAAUGGAUUGAUAAGCAUGAGGAUACCUGCCCUUUGUGCAGAUGUCCUCUACUUCCACCUCCUGAAAGUGGUGAUGGAGAGACGGACUGUUUUGAAAGCUAUGGCACGGGACCAACCCUUCAAAUUUCUUAAAAAAUAAUUCCUAAGGGUUAGACUGUUUUGUUUUGGGCAUUUUACAUGAUUUUUCUUUCUUGCCACUUUGUUGAUCUGGUGAGUCAUACAAUUGUAUCUCAUUGAGAUAGUAUAUGACAAGUUGGAUACACAAAAUUUAAAAUGUUUCCUGCCAAUGUUGGGUAGUAGUUUGACUGUUC